GUGUCAAACCAUUCAACUCGGCAAUUCUUUUUCAUAGUUAAUUUUUCCAUUUAAGGAAAAACAUUAGGUGAUAUUAUUUUUUUUUGUGAUUUAGUGAAUCUUUAUGUGUGUGUGUGUGUGCGUCAUUAGAAAAUCCUCUGACGCAUUUGCAGUGAUUGCAGACUCAUUUGGAGAGAUCUAUGACUGCUAAUAAAGUGUGGAACUAAAUAAUAUUUUUACCACAAAUUACACAAGUAAUAGAUCUUUAUCCAUUGAUCGCAGUAUGACUGCCUGUGCCACCGCUGCCACCGAGUAUGCUCAUAAAUUUCGAUUACAAUGCGAUUAAUUGACAAUAAAAUUGUGUCAUUAGGAGUAAAUCUCCAACUAGUAUGAAUUCAGUAACUUAAUUAGAAUGACAGUAAACAGGUUAAACAUGAAUUGCUAAUUACAAUUGCUCAGAAGGCUUUGAAACUAUGUAAUUGCUGUCUGACGGCUGACGUUUGACGUUUGACGAUUAGAUGUCGGUUAGUGGUUAUUAGUGGCGUGCUAAAUCAUGGGGUUACAAAAACACUACCUCAGAUAUGGCCGCAGCGCGAGAGAUCACAUAUUGGGACUGGCGGGCGGAGGGCGUCGCAACACCAUCGUGAAAACUGCCGGCGACAACGGUCACAACAGCCACAGUGGCCAUGGAACACAUCGUCGGUCGGACGGCGGGGGUGGAGGCGGAGGUGAACACGGUGGUAUGCCAAAUUUAACCAGCCGCCCCACCCCGCUGUCCAUGCUGAUAUCACAAGGAGCUAAAAUCAAUAACCAUAGACUAGCUGUGAUAAUUAUUGGAAUAGUAACAUUAAUUUUAGGAAUAAUGCUAUCAACAAUACCAUGGCUUGAUUAUUUUAUAUUAAAGAAUUUAAGGCUAUGGAAUGAUACGUUAAGUUUUCAUUACUGGCAGAGGCCUGGUGUCAUACGAUUAACUAAAGUCUAUAUAUAUAAUGUCACAAAUCCAGAUGAAUUCCUGAAUGGGGAAAAGCCGAGCUUAACGGAAGUGGGGCCAUUCGUUUAUAGAGAAGACAUGCAGAAGGUGAAUGUACAUUUCUACGACAAUCAAACAGUGUCAUAUCAGCACAAGAAAAUUCUACAAUUCGUUCCCGAAUUGAGCAUAGACAAGAAUACUCCGAUAGUCACACCUAAUAUUCCUUUAUUGACUCUUACUAGUCUCAGUCCAAAACUAGGUUACCUGCUAUCAAAGACCAUUUCUGUGGUGCUAACAGCAGCCAAGUUCAAGCCUUUCAUCAAUGUGACUGCCGAUCAGUUGGUAUUUGGCUACGAUGACGCGCUCGUUAGCCUUGCGCAUCGAUUUUAUCCAAAACAUUUGCGUCCAAUGGAGCGUAUGGGAUUGCUCAUUGCGCGCAAUGGCACACUAACCGAAGUCUCAACAAUCAAAACGGGACACCAUGGCAUGGAAGAAUUCGGUUACAUAGAUCGCCUCAAUGGACUCGAUCACUUACCGCACUGGCACAAUCCACCCUGCAAUCGUAUAGCCGCCUCGGAAGGUUCCUUCUUUCCGCCGCGCGACAUAACAAAAUCGGAUAUGGUGUACCUCUACGACAAGGAUUUGUGCCGCGUCAUACCUUUGCAGUACCAAAGAGGCGUACAAAAAGAUGGCAUCGGCGCUGAUCUGUACAUCUUGCCGGAGAAUUCUUACGGCGAUUCCUCGAAGAACCCUGAAAACGAAUGCUUCAAUCCAAGUGACUACGAGGCGAAGAAAGGACUACAAAAUAUCAGUCCCUGCCAAUACGGUGCGCCUGUCUAUAUAUCCAAUCCACAUUUUUACCAAGCCGAUGAGUCGUUGCUGGACUCGGUAGUGGGACUCAAACCGAAUAAGAGCGUACAUGAAACAUACUUCAAAAUUCAAUCGAAAUUGGGUGUUCCACUCGAAGGCAAAGUACGCAUUCAACUCAAUCUCAAGGUGACACGAGCGAAAGAUGUGUAUCCGGUUAAGGAUUUUCGGGACUUUGUGUUUCCCAUCAUGUGGCUAGAAGAAGGCAUCUCCGAGCUAACGCCAGCCAUCCGUCGGUGGAUCUACUUGGCCACCGUAUUCGCGCCCAUCAUCAUACCGAUCUCCUCGUAUCUGAUGAUCUUUGGCGGCGCGUUCGCCAUUGUGUUUAUCUUCGUGCGUGCCUACCAAAACUUCGUGUUCGCGCGCGAUCCCACCCUGGAGAUUCUGGAAAUGGGUCGCCGUUCAUUGCGGCGCGGCAGCAGCUUUAUUGCGCAGCAUCAGCACAAAUUCAUGCAUCGCGACAGCUAUACGCUGCUGAAGACGAUGCCGGGAGACUUGUUGGACGACACAGAGGAUGCGAUACCGAUUAUGACGAAUAGUUCAUAGUAUUCGCCAGCAAGUGAAGUGAAAUUGAACGAUCCAUCAAUCGAGUCUCAUACACACACACACACACACAUGUACAUACAUACGUUUGAGUGAUCGUCUUUCGAAUUUAGUUUUUAAUUUCGUAGUUUUUUUAAGUCAAGUGUGAGAAUUAUUUAUGAAUGUGAAUUAUGGUAUGUUUGUAUGUAUGUAUGUAUUUCGAGGAGCGUGUGUGUCGUAUAUUUAAAUAAGGAAAUGGCGUACAACGAAGAUGAUAACAACAACAAAAACAAGAACAUGUGAUUUAAGUUAUUGCUUCGUAGGAGUUUCUAGUUUAGUGUAGUGACUUUGAGUUGAAUUUUUCAAAUACUUUUUGUUGGAUUAGCUGUUUGUUUGUUUAACUCUCUUUGUGUGUGACUCUUUGUGAGCGUGAGUCUGCAGGCUUUAGUGCGUUUUAGCUCUAAUUUUUCAACAAUUUCAUAUUUAGUUAGGAACUUGAAGUUGGUAUUGUAUGUACACAACUACAUAUACAGUGACGAACAAAAGUAUUGGCACAGUGAAUUUUUCGCCAUAUAUGCUAAGUUUUUU